GGUGUUUCAAUUUGUAGUUAACUUAGGUAUAUUGAGGUCAAUGUCAAGUAUUGAUUUGUCUGUGUACUUAUAGGUAAAGGUGUGUUCGAAGAGUAGACACACGUAUUUACAGUAUUGUUGAUUUGGACACACGAUAAAAAGGAACUCGUCAUUAAUUUACAAUGUAGAAAUACCUGUAGCUUUAGAGGCUGAGUUAACAUUAUAGCUGACUUUAACAAAUAAAACACAGAGUUAAUAAAAGAAAGAUAUUUUAUACAUAGAAAAAUACAGAGGUUAAACCGUCUCCUGUUACAUUUUGGCGCCCAACGUGGGGCCCUGUUGUAAAACAUCCAAGGCUGAGAGAUAAGGAUAUUGUAUUUUUUUUUUAUUAUUGAAACUGAAAGCUCGAACAUAGAGUUUAUUUAAGAAUAUUUAUAAUUUCAAAAUGGCAGAAGGGGGCAAAAAUAUUAGUUCUGAAGAUUACAUACCCGUUGAAAUGGCAAAUAAUAGAGUCAUGAGUUUUAUUAGCGAUAUUGAAAGGGAUUUAGAGGAUAUGAGACUCAAGACAUUUAAAGAUUAUGAGGAUCAUAGGGGUCUGUCUAAUCCUGGUCAUGGUGCAAGUCGAUUUUUGAUAGGUUCUAGUGAGAAGGUUGAUUCUAUUGAUAGGUCUGAUUGUAAUAAGUUAGGUUCAUUUGAAUUAUAUUCACGGGAGGGGGAUAAGCAUAAAAGUAGUACUCCGAAUGAAAACUUGCGAUCCGGCUUUAGCGUUAAAAGGGAUAGCAGUCGCGAUUCGAAUGUUAAAUUUAACUUAGAGCAUGGUUACUCAACGGAUUGUUCUGACUCGAAUAAUCCCCGUCCGCGAAUGAGACCAGGGAGAGAAUCCGAAGAAACUCUUCCAAAUAAUCGUGAAGGGUUGCAUGCUUACAACCUGCCCAGUCGCGAGGAGGCGUCCCGAGAUACGGUUGGAAUGUACAACCGAUUAUAUAAUCCUCCAACAACUGCUACCCCUCGUCCGAUAUCGCGUUUGAGUAUAGGUACAAGACCAAUUUCUAGGCGUGAAAAGGAACCAGAAAAGUUUGACGGGAAGUCAACCGACUACAAAGAUUACAUGGUACACUUUGAGCAAACGGCGACAUGGAAUGGUUGGUCCGAUGACGAAAAGGCUCAGCAAUUAACAAUGAGUUUGCGAGGCUCAGCGCAAAAGAUUUUGGGUGAUUUAAAAGCGGAACAGCUUAAAAAUUAUGAAGAAUUAAAGAAAAUUCUAUGUCAGCGUUUUAACCCAAAAGAACGCGUCGCUGCAUACAGAUGUGAAUUUAGAACGCGAAUACGUAGACAAAAUGAAAGUCUUCAAGAUUACGGUUACGCAUUACGUAGGCUUGUCUGUCUUGCAUAUCCAGACAGUGAUUUUAACUAUGUUCUUGAAGAACUAGCUAUAAAUCAAUUUACAAAUGGACUUGGAAAUUUCGAAAUGCAAAAGCAAGUACAAUUUUCGCACCCGAAGACGAUCGAGUCAGCAAUAGCGUAUGCUGUUGAAUAUGAAGCAUUUGUCGGGACACAGGCUGAUAUAAGAAAACCGAAAGAUAAGGAAGCCGAAUUUAAUAUUAAAUAUCCGGUACAGGCCGUUAAAAAACAAGACAUAGACAAACCGAAGCCCGAAGAAUGCAAAACUCAAACUAAUGCAUCAGAAGAAGCGUUGAUGAAGGUCCUUGACUAUUUUAAGGAAAUUAGCCAAAAACUUACACAAAUGAGCAAUCCGCGAAAUCAAGAGCGUCACAAUUUUCGAACUCCAAUUCGUUGUUAUAACUGUGGAGAACUGGGUCAUAUUGCAGUGCGUUGUAGGCAACCCCCAAAGGUUAAGAAAGAUGUAAAUGAAAACAACGGGGAUUUAAACAAGUAA